GAUCUAUUCAUCUCUUUUCUUCUUGUGGGAAUUUAUCAGAUCAAGUUCUCGAGCAGAGUAAGCCGUUCCCCUCGUUCUUCCCCGGCUACAUGAGAUGUCUGUCCGCAAGUCCUCCGUUGGAUGCGUCAGCUGCACCUCCUUGCGUCAGCACGGUCGCUGGGCUGCGAAACUUCUACCCUGUUGGACCUUAACCUUCCGAACUUCUGCCUUGGCUUUUGACUUCGAUGUUAUCGGUGCACUGCUUGGCCUGCGCUUGACUGCCUCGUUCCCGUGUCCGACGACGUCCGCGCUGGACAUCAUCUCGUUCUGGCUAAUACCGACGCGGAGAAUUGCCUCUUGACUGACAUUUGAUCGUCGCUGACAGGGUCCCAACAAUCAACACCUCCCUCAAUCCUAGCCGUUCAUUUACACCCUCCUACUGAUUAAUUACACCUUCAUUGAUCGCCGCCAAAAUGGGUUGUGGAAUGAGUACUGAAGACAAGGAGGGGAAGGCCCGCAACGAGGAAAUUGAGAACCAGCUCAAGCGGGACAAGAUGAUGCAAAGAAACGAAAUCAAGAUGCUGUUGCUCGGUGCCGGAGAGUCCGGAAAGUCGACCAUUCUCAAACAGAUGAAGUUGAUCCACGAGGGCAGCUACUCCCGGGAUGAGCGGGAGUCGUUCAAGGAAAUCAUCUACAGCAACACCGUUCAGUCGAUGCGUGUCAUUCUGGAGGCCAUGGAAUCCCUCGAGCUUCCUCUGGAGGAUGCUCGCAACGAGUACCACGUGCAGACCGUCUUCAUGCAGCCUGCUCAAAUCGAGGGUGACAACUUGCCUCCGGAGGUUGGCAACGCCAUUGGCGCUCUGUGGCGCGACACUGGUGUGCAGGAGUGCUUCAAGAGAUCCCGCGAGUACCAAUUGAACGACUCCGCCAAAUACUACUUCGAUGCCAUCGAUCGCAUCGCCCAGCCCGACUAUCUCCCCACCGAUCAGGAUGUCCUCCGCUCUCGUGUCAAGACUACCGGUAUCACCGAGACGACAUUCAUUAUUGGCGAUCUCACCUACCGCAUGUUCGACGUUGGUGGUCAGCGCUCCGAACGUAAGAAGUGGAUCCACUGCUUCGAGAAUGUUACGACAAUCCUUUUCCUGGUUGCCAUCUCCGAGUACGACCAGCUGCUGUUCGAGGAUGAGACCGUCAACCGUAUGCAAGAAGCGCUCACUUUGUUCGACUCGAUCUGCAACUCGCGGUGGUUCGUCAAGACCUCUAUCAUUCUUUUCCUCAACAAGAUCGAUCGUUUCAAGGAGAAGCUGCCCGUCAGCCCCAUGAAGAACUACUUCCCCGACUACGAGGGAGGCGCAGACUACGCCGCCGCAUGCGACUACAUUCUCAACCGCUUCGUUUCUCUCAACCAGGCCGAGCAGAAGCAAAUCUACACCCACUUCACGUGUGCCACGGAUACCACUCAGAUUCGCUUCGUCAUGGCUGCAGUAAAUGACAUCAUAAUCCAAGAAAACCUGAGACUGUGUGGUCUAAUCUAAUGACCGGUUUAUCUUGAUCGAGCAGAGUGGACUCGCAUCUAGACCGUAUGCUACGUGACUUGUAAUUCUGUGCUUUUUUGCUCUUUGUCAUACCAUGUUGCAGUUUUUUACCCAUCCCGAAAGAUUCCGGCGUUGAGACAUUCACUUGUCCAUUACUACUAAUUUCUGUUUCUAUUUUCCUUUGUCCUGAAAUGAUAUCUAGCCG